AUGUUAGACUCGCUCUUUCCGGUAGAACUAGUGUCUAUCAUGAGUAAUGGAGUGUCAAAAACUCGGAUACGCAUUUUUGGUAUCUUCGAAGGCCAAACAUUUUCUCAUCUCCCAGAAAGAGGAAAGAUACAGAAAAUGAGGGGGCGUUUCACUCAGAAUCCGUUAAUUCUGUCAACGUUUCCGUUAGAAAUUCGCGCCAGAACUCAUCUUCUCUCCAAAUUCCACACCAGAAAAACAAUUCCAUCAAAAAUCACUUGUAUUCCUCUCGACAACUCUCAAACAACCACAAAUCAACAGCAAAUCAACCUCUCUGUUCUUCGCUUCACUCUCGGAAUACCUGGCUUGGACGAAUCAUACUUACCCAGAUACAUUGGCUAUGCUUUUGGUUCGCUUUUGCUGUUGAACCAUUUCGUGGGUUCGGAUUUGGCCACAAUAACGCCAGCACAGCUUAGAACAGAGGUGUUGGGACUCUCUUUGGCCGCAUUCUCAGUUGUGCUUCCCUACCUUGGAAAAUUUCUCAAGGGUGCUACUCCAGUGGAUAAAAUAGUUCUCCCUGAAGGGGCUGUGCAAAUUUUUCUCAUGUCCCAAAAUAUUUUAGACACUCUGAAGGAGGAUUUGGCUUGGGGAACAUACAUUCUGUUGCGCAAUACAAAAACCGUAUCUGUGCUCAUAUUGAUUCAAGAUGCAUUAUGCGUGCGUGGUUAUUGGAAUACACCUGAGGAGAUAUCAAAAAGUCAUGCACUUGACUGGUUUAAGGAACAGAUUGAACGUGUUGGCCUCUCUACUUUGAAGGAUACCCUUUAUUUUCCCCAGAAUGCAGAUUCUGACCUCUGGGAGAUGCUUCCCAGGGGAACUCGUUCUGUGCUUGUACAACCGGUGCUUCAAACGUCAAACCAAAGAGACAAUCAGGUGGAGAAGACUGAGGGGUUUGUCCUGCUGGCUUCUAACAUCGGUUAUGCAUAUAGCGAUAAAGACAGAGCAUGGAUAGGAGCCAUUGCUAACAAAUUUAAAGUCUAUGAGUGAUAUCGGGGAAGCUAUUCCACUUUUCAGUUUCUGCUUGCAUGCUUGAUUGUGCCAGGUGGAAUUGGAAAUGGUUAGUAUAAUCCUCUCAAUCCUCAAUUUUUCAUUUGUUCUGAAGAUCUGCUAAUGUGUAAGAAGUAAAAAUCAAUUUAAUUAUCCCUUUCCAUGUUGUAUUGGUGUACUGUCCAUGUUGGCCUUCAGGGAGCAUAUACUAGAGUUUUAAAGCUAUAGUAGUUUAUGUAAUGCAUCGAAAGAUCAUAUCAAGCAAGCAUUCUUCUCAUAAAUGAC